AUGUAUUUGUGUACAUGUGCAUGUAAACAAGUACCAGCACUAGCAGCAGUAGGUAAUAAUAAUAACAACAAUAAUAAUACAAUAUUAAUAGCACGGAUUCUUAUCUUAACAUUCAUAUCAUCUAGCUGGUGUCAAAAACAGCAAAAAUUUCGUAUAACACCACAAGAUCUACAGGUGUUAGAGGGCUCUGAAGCAACACUUAAAUGUGAAAUAUCGAAUUUAGCCGGUCAAGUGCAAUGGACCAAAGAUGGUUUUGCACUUGGUUUUUCAGCUGUGAUACCUGGUUUUCCACGUUAUUCAGUAUUAGGUGAUCGUAAUCAAGGAAUUUAUAAUUUAAGAAUAUCAAAUGCAUCAAUUGAUGAUGAUGCAGAAUAUCAAUGUCAAGUUGGUCCCGGUAAAUUUAAUUCACCAAUAAGAGCGAAUGCCAAAUUAACAGUAAUAUCGCCGCCAUCAUCAAUUGAAAUUCAAGGAUAUCAACACAAUUCAAAAGUUGAAGUGACUGAAAAUAAGGAUUUAACUUUAACGUGUAUUGUAUCGAAUGCAAAACCAGCUGCACAAAUUGUAUGGUAUCGUGGAAAUGUUGAAUAUAAACCAGAAAAUCGGGAAGAGCCUACCGUAGAGGAAACACAAUCAAAACGUUUUACAACAACAUCACGUUUAAGACUGAAACCAACAGCAAGUGAUGAUUAUACAGAAUAUAGUUGUCAGGCAAGACAAAAAGCCUUACCACCUGAUAUGCCAAUGAAAGCUAGUGUUCAUCUAUCCGUUUUAUAUCCUCCAGGGCCUCCAUAUAUUGAAGGUUAUACACAAGGUGAAACUUUAAGAAGAGGACAACAGGUAGAAUUAGUAUGCCGAAGUCGAGGUGGUAAUCCACCAGCUCAAUUAAUUUGGUAUCAAAAUAAAACUCAAGUACGAAUGGCGUAUAGAACAAGUGGAAGACUAUCUGAAAAUAUUUAUAAAUUUGUUGCUGAACCAAGUCACAAUAAAAAAAUAUUCAGGUGUGAAGCAAACAAUGUUAUGUCACCAAAACCUUUAAGUGCUGAAGUAGAGUUAACAGUUUUAUUUGCUCCGGAACAUGUGACGAUAGCAGGACCAUCUGAAGCUAGAGUUGGUGAUAUUGUAGCAUUAACUUGUACAACAGAACCAUCAAAUCCACCAGCGGAAAUUAAAUGGAUGGUUAACGGAAAAAAUUUAAGGAAUACUACUUCAAGAACAGUUGUUAGCCCACAAGGUGGUUGGAUAACAACAUCAAAUAUUACAACAACAGUUGAACCACAUGGUAGAACAUUAAUGAUUCACUGCCAUGCUCAAAAUCAUCAGGUAUCAGCAAAUGUUGGAAAAGCUCAUAGCGUUAGCAUAUUAUUGCCACCAUCUCCUCCAAUAAUAUCCGGUUAUGUUGAAGGUUCAAUAAUACCAGCUGGAACUGUACAAAAAUUGUUAUGCGUUUCAUCUGGCGGAAAUCCAUUAGCGACAUUAACAUGGUACAAAAACGACAAGAAAAUUAAUUCAGUUGUUAAACAUAACACAGAUAAAUCAUCAGUUUCAGCGGAAAUAACAAUUUAUGCAAAUGUUACCGAUAAUCAAGCAAGAUAUAGAUGUGAAGCACAUAAUGCUGCAACCGAAAUACCAUUAUUCGAAUCAAAAACUUUAAGUGUACACUUUCCACCUGAAACAGUUAAAAUUCGUAUUGAACCAGAAGAAUUGAAACCUGGUACAGAAGCAACUUUGAUUUGUGAUUCGAGUUCAAGUAAUCCACCAUCAAAAGUAUCAUGGUGGCAAAAUGGAAUACCUGUAGCAGGAAUUAACAAUUCAUCAAAACCAGGUCUUUGGGGUGGAACUGUGUCAACUUUAGAAUUAAAAGUGAAUGUGACACAAGAGAUGAAUGGUAUUGUAUACACGUGUCAAAGUACUAAUGAAGCACUGGAUAGAAGUGUUCAUGAAGCUGUUAGUCUUCAAGUUUUAUAUCCACCAAAAUUUCAACCAUUACCAUCUGGGCUACCAUCAGUUGGUGUUGAAGGUGAAUCAUUGCAGGUUACACUAACAGCUAAUGGAAAUCCAAUGUCAAUUCAGUAUUUGUGGACCAAAGAUGGCUUACCGAUAUCAUCAACAUUAUCUUCAUCACCAUCAUCAUCAUCAUCGUCAUCGUCAUCAUCAUCAUCAAAUAGUUUAAAUCCAACAGUAGCAGCAUCUGAACAAAGAAUAACAGCAGAUGGUCCAGUUUUAAAUUUUACAAAAUUGCAUAGAAAUGAUGCUGGAAUAUAUACUUGUGAAGCAUCAAAUUCACAAGGCAAAGCAACUAUUAAUAUAACCGUGGUGGUUGAAUAUGGUACAACAAUAAAAUCAGUAUCAGAAAAUGUUAUUGUUAAUCCUGGUGAAGAUGCAAUGUUAUCAUGUACUGUUGAAGGUAAUCCAUUACGCGAAGAUCAUAUAAAAUGGGAAAGAUUGGGUUAUGAUAUGACAAUAAAAACAUCAAAAACAUUUGCUAAUGGUACAUCAUUUUUACAUAUAAAAGGAGCACAACGUGAGGAUGUUGGUAAUUUUCGAUGUGUCGCUGAUAAUAGAGUAGCAAAUCCAACAAGUCGUGAUGUCCUAUUGAUUGUUAAAUUUUCACCCGAAAUUGAUAAAUCACCACCAUUAUUAAGAGCUGCUAGUGGUACAGGUGAACGUGCACGUUUACCAUGUAGAGCACAAUCAGCACCAAAACCAAUAUUUAUAUGGCGUCAACAAGGUAAAGAUAUACCAGUUAAUAAAUCAUCAAAAUAUAGUACAGAAGAGAAACAAAUUGAUCCUUUAACAUAUGAAUCGAUAUUAAUUGUUGAAAAAGUUGCACCAGCUGAUUAUGGUACAUAUGAAUGUAUUUCAAAAAAUGAACUUGGUAAAACAAAAGAAAUAGUUAGAUUAGAUAUAACAAGUCCACCAGAUCCACCACUUAGUUUAAAUGUAUUAAAUGUAACACAUGAUAGUGUUACAAUUGCAUGGACACCUGGUUUUGAUGGUGGUAUGAAAGCAUCAUAUAGAAUACGUUAUCGUGAAGCAAAUACAGAACAAUAUCGUUAUAUUGAUGGUCUUCCAAAUAGUCAUAAAUUAACAGUACAAGGACUUCGUAUGAAUACAUUAUAUUUAUUUUCAGUGAUGGCAUCAAAUGAAUUAGGUAGUAGUAAUUAUCUACCGGAUUUAACGAGAGCUCAUACAAAAGUUGCUGAAAUACCACCAAGACAACAGCCAGCAUCAUCAUUAGGUGGUGGACCACCAGCAACUGGUAGUACACCAUUAGGUGGUACAUCCGGUAUGCUUGUUCUUGUGGGUAUAGCAUCCGGUACACUUAUUGUACUUGUAAAUAUAUUCAUAAUUGGCUGUUGUUUGCAUAAACGCAAUCAAAAACGUAUUAUUAAGCGAGAUACUUCAACACAAAAUAGUAAAACAGCCACAAUUGAAAUGUAUGCACCAAGCUCAUAUAAUGAUACCGUUACAGGUGAAACAUUAUCAAGCGUUUCAGAAAAGAGUGAUUCAUAUUCGAAUGAAGGCAGUCAACCGGAUUAUAUGGAUGAAACACGCAAAAAAGCUGCUUCAACAUACCUGGUAGAAAAUUCAGAUAUACCACCGCCAAGAUAUCAAAAGGAUGGUACAUUGCCAAAUAUGUAUCCUAAUAAUAUAGCUAAUGCAAGAACACUGCCGCAUCCACGACAUAAUAAUAAUGCAUCACAUAUGUUCAAUGAUCAUCGAACAAGAGAUGAUCAAAUGUUAGUAACAAAAGGAACAUAUAUUCCGUCCCCAUCACCAGCACCACCAAUGGAUGGUUCCUAUUAUAAUAUGAAUAGUGAUCGUUAUUUGUCGUAUCCGCCAAUGGAUUAUCCACCAAUGGAAUUUAGUACACCACCAUUACCAUUAGCUCAUAUACAACCAAAUCAAACAACAAUAAUACCAACUGGUGGUGGUACAUUAAGACGUGGUGGUAUUAUACGUAAUGUUGUACCACCACCAGAUGUAACACAUCAUACAACACCAUUACCAACACAUGAUUUACAUCCAAAUAGUACAACAGCAUCAACACAAACAGUUGGUAAUGGUUCAACAGCACAAAUCAGCAAUUUAAGUAGUUUAUCACAGAUGACAUCACAUCAAACAUCAACACCAAAACAACCACAAAGUAUAUUAAAAGAUCCAAAACGUAAUUUACAACAACAGCAACAGCAGCAACAACAACAGCAACAACAAUCAUUACAGCAACAUCAAUUACAACAACAAUUACAACAAACUCAACAAGGAUCACAAUUAGCUAAUAUGCAAAUAUUAAAUGUACAAAAUGUUGGACCAACUGGUCUAUUAAUUGGUAAUUAUGAUCCAAAUACACAUAAUUUAAGUACAUUUAAUGCAACAAUGGGUUAUACAGAUGCCGAUGGUCAUUUAGUGUAGUCUAUAAAAGAGAAGCAUCAGGCUGUAGUUUUAUUUUUUAAUUAUUAUUAUAUUAUAUAUUAAUUAAUUUUUUUUUUUUAUUAAUUAAUUAUUAAAUGUAUAAAUUAAAUGAAGAAAAAAAAAA